AUGAAGCCACCAAAAGGAAAGAAGACGGCCCCCGCGCCCUUCCCUCAGGGAAAGGCUGGCGCAAAGAAGCCGGCCAAGAACCCGCUCCUCGAGAAGCGCCCGAGGAACUUCGGCAUUGGCCAGGACAUCCAGCCCAGACGCAACCUUAGCCGCAUGACGAGAUGGCCCGAGUAUGUCCGACUACAGAGGCAACGGAAGAUCCUCCUCAUGCGCCUGAAGGUGCCGCCAGCGAUCGCUCAGUUCCAGCACGUCCUCGACCGUAACACCGCCGCACAAGCCCUCAAGCUGCUCUCCAAGUACCGCCCGGAGUCGAAGCAGGAAAAGAAGGAGCGCCUGACAAAGGAGGCCACCGCCAUCUCGGAGGGAAAGAAGAAGGAGGACGUCAGCAAGAAGCCCUAUGCUGUGAAGUACGGCUUGAACCAUGUUGUCGGACUCAUCGAGAACAAGAAGGCGUCCCUCGUCCUCAUUCCCAACGACGUCGAUCCAAUUGAGCUAGUCAUCUUCCUCCCCGCUCUUUGCCGUAAGAUGGGUGUCCCGUACGCCAUCAUUAAGGGCAAGGCACGCCUUGGCACCGUCGUUCACCAGAAGACCGCCGCCGUUCUGGCUCUCACCGAGGUCAGGAGCGAGGACAAGAGCGAGCUCAGCAAGUUGGUCUCCGCCAUCAAGGAGGGCUACACCGACAAGCACGAGGAGAGCAGGCGUCACUGGGGUGGUGGCAUCAUGGGCUCCAAGGCCAACGCCAGGCAGGAGAAGAAGCGCAAGGCUCUGGAGAGCGCCAUCAAGAUCUAA